AUGACAGACGCCCAACACCUCAUCAACUACGCCCGCACUCAAUUCGACGCCAUCGCCGCCGACGUAGAACGCCACUUCGACCAAGUCGCCGGAACUCUCAAAGACCGCUUCAACUCCUCCGCACCUCUCCCCCCGCCAAAACGCCGCCUUCCUCCACCUACAACCUUCCAACAGGUCGAACGAUGGGUCUCGCGAAACAAAGCUCUCACAGCUGCGAUAGUCGCGUUCGUGGUGACGGGCUCGGUGGGCACGUUCGUUUACAUCCGAAGCAAGAGCCUGAACAGGAAACGGAGAGCUAGAAAGUCGGCGUCGGGCGCGAGGACUGAUGUUGUGGUUGUUGCAGGUGCAGUUGCGAAUCCGCUCACGAGCGCGCUGUACCUUGAUCUCGAGCGAAGGGGGUUUGUGGUGUACGUCGUGGCCAGCACAAGGGAGGAUGAACAUUACGUCCGCGCUCAGCGUCGCGCGGAUCUCAUUCCUCUAUCUCUGGACUUGUCAGAUCCAUUCAGAGCUCAAGAGCAGCUUGCGAAACUUCAGACAUUGCUGAGCAGGCCACAUGUUGCCUUCGAUGGCGCGGAGCCGCAUAAGUUACAGUUGAAAGGAUUGGUCCUUGUCCCGGACACGAAGGCUGCGCCGGCGAGGGUAGAGGACAUCACGAGUGGGGAAUGGAGCGAUGCGUUGAAUGCGAAGGUCUUGAACACGAUUGUUGCGGCGCAGAUGCUUGUGCCGGCUGUCAUUGAACACAAGGCGAACGUUCUGAUGCUGACGCCGAGUGUGACGCCGGCUUUGAGGCUGCCGAUGCAUGCGAUUGAGAGUACGGUUUAUGGAGCGCUGCAGGGCUUUGUGCAGACGUUGGAGGCGGAGUUGAGGCAGGAUGGGGUGCGGGUGAGCCAUCUUAAGCUGGGACAUAUUGAGAUCCCAGCUGUGACGGCGAGGCAGAGGAGGGAUGGAGUGCCGCUGCCGAAGUUGAAGCCUACGCCGUUGAGGCAGCUGCAUGAUACUGUCUUCGAUACGCUUACGGCACGAAGGCCGUGGAGGACGAUUCGGGCGGGACGGGGGAGCUUGGCCUAUGAUCUGAUAGGGAGUCUGCUGCCGCCUACUUUCAUUGCGUGGAUGAUGGGCGCGAGUAAGAGGCCGACGAUUGUGAGAGAUGCUAGCGAUGAGAGUUUGAGCGCGAGUGCUGGGAGCAUUACGUGGGAGAAGAUCGAAGAGGAGUGA